ACUCCUCCUCACACAAUCCUCUCAGGCAGGCAGCUGGAUCUCCUCGUCACCAUGGGUAAAAUCAACGGCUGUCUGAAGUGCGUCUUCUUCCUGCUCAACGCCAUGUUCGGGAUCUUUGGAGGUUUGAUGAUAUUUGGACUUGUGAAGGCCCAAGCAGUUGAACCACAGCUGCCCAGCGCGGUGGGCCCUUGGCUCUGGGCUGGACUGUGGGUGUUCUCCUUGGGGAUGCUGAUGGUUUCCAUCCUCGGCGAGACGGCCGCCACGACCGAGAAGACGGCAAUGCUCAAAGUGUUUGCAGGUCUGGUGGUGGCCGUAAUGAUCAUCAUGAUGAUCUUAGGGAUCGUCAUGGCUUCCUACAGAAACAAGGUAAAGGUGUCCUUUGAGAACAUCUCUCCUGACAUUGUGGGAGAGAUGAUGGCAGAAAACAAUAUACGAGAAAUCCUCAACGACGCCCAAGGGCCGCUCCAGUGCUGUGGCUUUAUGAGCUAUCAGGACUGGGGUAACAGCAUCCCUGGAUCCUGUAAGUGUUCAGAAUCCACUUUCUGCACAAACCGCCCAGGGAACUUGGACGGUCCAGCUAUCAUCUACUCCAGGCCGUGCUUCCCCAUCGCGUCUGACCUGCUGGAUCUGGCCUUGACGGUCUCCAUGGGUGUCUUGUUUGGCUUCGCUGUCACCGCUCUCCUCUGCCUUAAGGCAAGCCUCCUGAUGAUUCGUCAGGUCAGGCGUCACAACGGCGGUCGCGGAGGACAGGCCAUCGCCAUGACGGCUCCUGGGUACAAGCUGACCCCUGGCAUCUGACCUCUGAACUCACGCCUGAUUUCUGCUUCUGUAAAUGAGUCCUGCGCUAUGAUGUCAAUAGUUACAUGAUGUCAAUAGUUUCACUCGUGUUCCCAUUAAAGAAAACAAUACAUUUGUUCCUCACCAUUAA